AUGGUUGGAUGGAAGGGUUUAAGAAAAGAAACGUCCUCAGGGGAAAGAAACUCACUGAUACGAGAACUAAAUUCAUAUACCAUCACAACAAGAGCUCAAUUGUACCGCGCCCUUGGUGGAAUAUCCCUGAAGAGACGUCGUGAUGAAAAUGAGGAGCAGCCUUCCAAUUCUAAGAAACCACGUGUGACUGCUGAUUCAAAAUUUGGAGGGUCCUGUCACUACUGCGGCCAUCGUGGACACAAGAUCGAAGAGUGCCGCAAACGUCGAGAUGGGGUCGCUGUCACAAAAGUUCCGGAACAAGAGAAGACAGUCACGUGCUUCGCCUGCCGAAAACCGGGACAUGUCAGUACGGCUUGUCCAAACAACAAAGCAGAUUCAGCUAAGAAGGACGUGAACAUCUGCGAUCGGAAUCUCGUGAAAGGUACUUUGUCGACGUCGACUGGUAAGUCAAUUCCAUUUCUGUUCGACAGUGGUUCAGCAUGUUCAUUGAUCAAGAAUAGCGUAGCGGCCCUGCUUCUGGGCCCCAUACACAAAGACACAGUUUACUUGACAGGCAUAGGCGGUGAGGACGUAAAAUGCUCGACUCAAAUUUCCAGUCUCGUCCGUAUUCAGGAGAUCUUAGACAACGACCGCUACGAAUUAAAGAGUACUAAUAGAUCUAGCAGAGUCUAUAAAUACUCUCAUGAAAACUUGCGUGAGGUGCCUAAGGGUUUCGAGGGUUUGGUAGAGAUAUCAACAACAUUGAUUAAUCACGAGGAUGACGUGUCGGCGUUCGGUGAAAAUGGCACUGACGUAAUAGUCCUCGGUCCCUGA